GACUCCAAUUUACACCACAAGAAGCAUCGAUCGAUCGAUCAAAGAAGAAAAGAAAACGACGAUGGCGAAUUCCAAAACCCUUUGGUUUCUAAUUGCCACUCUCCUCCUCCUCCAACUCCACUUCUCCCCAACAAAAGCCGCCAUCAAAGGCGGGUACUGGUACUCCGACAGCGGCCUCGCGGUGGCCGACAUAAACGCCACCCUCUUCACCCACCUCUUCUGCGCCUUCGCCGACCUCGACAACACCACCUACAAGGUCACCAUCUCCUCCUCCAACGCCGCCAAGUUCUCCACCUUCACGCAAACCGUGCAGGCCAAGAACCCCUCCGUCAAGACGCUCCUCUCCAUCGGCGGCGGCGGCGGCCCCACCCUGGCCGCGCGCUUCUCCAAAAUGGCCUCCCAAGCCGCCACGCGCAAGGCCUUCAUCGACUCCUCCGUCCAGCUCGCCAGAGCCAACAACCUCCUCGGCCUCGACUUGGAUUGGGAGUACCCUUCUUCCGACGCCGACAAAUCCAACUUCGUCGCACUCCUCAAGGAAUGGAAAGCCGCUAUCACACAGGACUCCACCUCGUCGGGAAAACCGCGCCUUCUCUUAUCCGCCGCCGUUGCCGGCUCCGACCAAAUUUCGCCGCUCCAAUACUACUCCGGACCCGACAUGGCCAACUACCUCGACUUCAUCAAUCUCAUGACCUACGACCUCUUCACUUCCGAUGGUUACCCUACUUCGACGCAGCCCCCGGCUCCCUUGUACAACCCACGUGGCAUGUUCAGCGUGGACCAGGGGGUGCUCACGUGGAACAGGACGCUCGGGGUGCCGCUGGGGAAACUGGCCCUGGGCUUGCCGUUCUACGGCUACAAGUGGAGGUUGGCCAAUAGCAACAGUAAUGGGCUUUUUUCCGCCGCCACGGCUGGGCUUGGGGCCGUGGGCUAUAGUCAAAUCAAAGCUGUGGGGGCCACGGCUGUGUAUAAUUCCACUUUUGUCACCAAUUACUGCUCGCGCGGGACGGAUUGGUACGGCUACGAUGAUGUUCAGACUGUGACUGCUAAGGUUGCUUACGCCAAGCGACAGGGGUUGUUUGGGUAUUUCGCUUGGCAGCUUGGGACGGAUAACAAUUGGGCUCUUUCUCUAGCUGCUUCUCAAGCAUGGGGGGCGUAGAACUGGAUCAUGCACAGUGCAUACACAGAUAUAAGUAUAACUACCUCUCUUUACAAUAAUGAUACUUAUAGGAAAUAAGAUUGUAUUACAAUAUAAGUGCGCCAUGAAAAUAAAUGAUUGCCAAAUCUCAUGUUC